AUUUGGUCGAGAGGAUUGGUAGUUUUUGAAAUUUUAAUGGAAGAAACAAGAAAGAUUAAGCUUCGCCUAUUAUCCAUCCUGGUGUCUUGAACCAACGGCCAAUGAGCUAGGUUCCUAUGUCAACCUUGGACUGCUGUCCUAGGUUGGUUAAGCCCAUCCAAGCCUGAAGGGACACUGUUUUCCCAUAGAGCCAACAAUUGUUGACUUCUACAGAAAAUCAGGGUGGCAAUAAGUAAGAUGUAUCCUUGAUUCUGUGAAGUCUAAGAUAGCUUAAAAGCUAGCCUUAGCUGAUCUCUGUGCCAUGCCUGGUACAUGAUCUCUACAUUCGACAUUCCAAUCAAGAUUAUCUCUAGAGGAGACAAUAGGUAUGUAAUAGUCUUCCACCUUGCUAAUCUUGAAAGCGAAACUGAUGGUGAAGGUGUUCAUGUUUGUUGUGAUUAGGAAAAAUAACCUAUUUAUAAUUUUC